UCUCUCUAUUGGGUCAAAAAAGUUUUAACCCAAGAGCUCUUCUUCUUUACGGUCUUUCUCUGUGUAUGCGCGCGUGAGAGAACAGCUUAAUUAGAAAAUAAAAAAAAAAACAAAUCUUUGCUACAUAUCUUUUGGCUGUAUCCGUAUAUAUGUUGUUUCUUCCUAUCAGAAACUCAGAUUUGUUUCUCAAUGGUGGAAGAAGAAGACAAGUGAUUGGUUCUGUUUCUUGGAGUUUAGUUUCUUAUGAUUCAUACAUCUGAAAGGGAAAUACAAAUCAAAUCUCUUUGUUUCUUUCUCUGUCUUUAAGCCCCAAAACCCAUUUUCAAAUUGCUUCUUCUAGUUAUUGCUUUGAGAUUAGUACAAAUUUGAUUCUUUUGUAAAUGGGAUUUGAAGACAAGAAAAUGCAGAGUAAGAGACACAACCGUUCCAAGAGCUGGACUGUUCCUGAAAAGAAAAAGCUUGAAGAGGAUAAUAAUAAUAAUAGCAUUGUUUCUUCUCUGAAUGCUUCUCAACGCUUCAAGCUGGACUUACCUCGUUGCUGUGAUAAAUCUGUUAAGGAAGUAAAAGUCCAGAGCUCUCUCAAGCAAGAGAUUCAAGAGCUUGAGAAGAGACUACAGAACCAGUUUGAUGUUCGUGGCGCUUUAGAGAAGGCAUUAGGCUAUAAAACACCUUCUAGAGACAUUGACUCAAAGGCCAACUCUACUCCGAAGCCUGCAACAGAAUUGAUAAAGGAAAUAGCGGUGCUAGAGUUGGAAGUUUCACAUUUGGAACAGUAUCUUCUCUCUUUGUACCGUAAAGCAUUUGAUCAACAGUCAUCUUCUGUAUCUCCAAAACAACAGCAGACUCCUAGUUCUCCUAAGUCCACUCUUAGAGGCAAACGUCUGGACUUCUCAACAACACCACCUGAACAACCUCGGUGUGUCUCCUUUGACAACAGACUAAAGAGCCCAUGUAUGGUCAAAAAGGAACCAGAUUCUCCCAGCCUUAGCUGCAGACAAGAUAACUUAGCCAUGGAGGAUCCUAGGUGUUUCUCCUUUGACAGUAGACUGAAGGAGCCUGGUUCUGCUGCUAGGAAACUCAAUCAAGAAGGCUCAACAGAGUGCUUCUCCUUUGACAGUAGACCAAUGCAAGCUGGUUCUGCUGCUAGGAAACUCAAUCAAGAAGGCUCAACAGAGUGCUUCUCCUUUGAGAAUAAACUGAUGCAACCUGGUUCUGCUGCUAGGAAACUCACUCAAGAAGGCUCAACAAUCGAUUCACGGUGUUUCUCCUUCGACAAUAGGCUGAAAGAUCAAUCUCUUUACGAGGAGGAGGACAUUGAUUCAUGUGUUCGCCGUUGCCAGUCUACUCUUAACCAACGUUCCACCUUCAAUGGAUCAAACACUGCAAGCCUUGCAGAACACAUGGGAACAAAGAUAUCAGACCACAUAUUCAUGACACCAAACAAGCUAUCAGAGGAAAUGAUAAAGUGUGCAUCAGCUAUAUAUUCCAAGCUCGCUGACCCUCCAUCGAUAAACCACGGUUUCUCAUCCCCGGGCUCAUCUCCUUCGUCAACAAGCGAGUUUUCACCUCAAGAACAGUAUGAUAUGUGGAGUCCAAGCUUCAGGAAAAACUCUGCUUUUGAUGAUCAGUUCGAGUUCAGCGGACCUUAUAGCUCAAUGAUCGAAGUGUCACACAUUCAUAGAAACCAAAGGAGAGGACGUGACCUUGACUUGAUGAAUCGAAACUUCAGGUUGAUGAUCAAGCAGCUGGAGAGUGUUGAUCCGAGAAAUCUGACUCAUCAAGAGAAACUUGCAUUUUGGAUUAACAUACAUAAUGCACUUGUGAUGCACACAUUUCUAGUAAAUGGGAUUCCACAGAACAACGGGAAGCGGUUUUUACUGCUCUCCAAGCCAGCUUACAACAUAGGAGGUCGCAUGGUAAGCAUAGAAGCGAUACAAAGUUAUAUUCUUCGUAUCAGGAUGCCUCGUCCUGGCCAAUGGCUGAAGUUAUUACUAAUUCCAAGAAAGUUCAGAACCGGAGAUGAACAUCAAGAAUAUUCCCUCGACCACUCCGAGCCUCUCUUGUACUUUGCUCUUUGUUCGGGCAACCAUUCUGAUCCAGCGAUUCGUGUUUAUACCCCCAAGGGAAUAUACCAAGAGCUAGAAACAGCGAAAGAGGAGUAUGUUCGUGCAACCUUUGGGGUAAAGAAAGACCAGAAGCUAGUUUUACCAAAGAUCAUCGAGUCUUUUAGCAAAGACUCGGGGUUGAGUCAAGCGGCAUUGAUGGAGAUGAUUCAAGAAUGUCUCCCAGAGACAAUGAAGAAAAGAGUAAAGAAACUUAACUCAGGGAGAUCAAGAAAGAGCAUUGUUGAGUGGAUGCCACAUAGUUUCGUGUUUAGAUAUUUGAUAGCCAGAGAACUUGUUAGAUGAAUCUGUUUCUUUUGUAAUGUUAUUGGUGAAGUGUAUAGGAUGAGGAUGAUGUAAUGUGUAGUGUAGAAAUAGAGAGGGAAAACUGCAUGCCGUUUUCCGGGACAAUGUUUUGGCUUUGUUGUCUUUGGUACUGUGUACAUACUAAAUCAAUUCCCUUAUAUUUUUUUUUAUGAACCUGA